AUGUUCGGCCGCCCGCUCCCCGACGCGCCCAUGCAGUCGGUGGAUCUGGACGGCGUGGCUGCAGCCUCUGUCCACGUGUUCGCCCGCCCGCUCCCUGAGGCACCCGCGCGGGCCGUGGAUCUGGACGACGUGGCUGUGGCCUCUUUGCCAGCAAGCUCCGAACGCACGUCCACAGCGUCCGCGGCCGCCGCCGGGCCAGGACACAAGCGUCCGCGCCGCCAGCGCCGCGGAGAUGCCAGAGACCGGCAGGUUCUUUGUCACGGCCUGCCCGGACAAACUUGCCGCUUCGCUGCAGAUGGAUCCGGCGCGCGGGCUCAAGGCAAGCAUGGCGGUCGAUGCGUUUUCUGCGACGAGUCAGCCAUGGCCCAAGCUCUUGGGACACCUGCAGGCCGCGGCAACAUCGUUCGGUUCCUCAAGCAGUGGAGACAGGCCGGCUCCGACACUUUCGAUGUUGCGCUUUCCCGCAGCACCUUGGCGUCGUUGCCGGACGAAGAUCGCCAGGGCCUUCGGUUGUCGGCAGAGCUCCCGGUUCGGAGGCCUGUGGCGCAACCUGCCGGCCGUGCCGCCGAGGCGCUGGGCAGGCGCCGAGCCGUGACAGCGGCGCCGAGUGCGCAGCAGCUGCAGGCCUACCGCGCCGGGGUCGCGGAGGACCGCGCUUACGUGCGACGCAAAUUCUUCCCGCAGCGCGACCGCCGUGUUCGGCAUGCCGACUUCCGAUGGAAAAACCCCAUGCCCUCCAACUUGCAUGCCAAGAUCCACGAUCAGGCCUUCAACGACACCGGCCUUCCAGACGCGCACGUGACCGACAAGGCCCGCCUUCUGGAGCUUUGGUGCAAGCAGCAUUCCUGGAAGGUUUGCCGUCUCUGCGCGACAGUGCAGCCGCAGCAUCUCAAGGAGGCCGACCUCCGGGAGAAGACGCCGACUGCUCUUGCCAAGUGCAAGAACUGCAGCAAGCCCGAAGAGACACGACUAUGGGUACCAUCUGCAGAGGAGGUGCCCCUGCCUCUACGUGGACUGCCUCGCGAAGUGCUCCUGUCGUUGCGCCCCCUGGACAUUGACUGCGGACCGGAAUGGAAGGCUGAUUAUGGGUAUUACUUUCAUAGCACCAUGAUUCGCUUCUCCUGGUCCCAGCCGGACGUCCUGGCGAAGAUCGACACUUUGGACGGCAGAAACCGCAAGAUCGCCAAGAAGGCCUUCGAUUUCCUCAUGGGCAGCGAUGCCUCCAGCUACCGGUCCUUCGUGCAGCGCCAUCGCCGCUUUCUACGUGACUACCCCAACGCUGAUGCCGAGAGGCGGAAGCGCCCUCUGCGCUUCCUGGAGGAAGAGGCUGUGGAGUGUGCACUGUGGCCACAUCUGUAUUGGGACUGGCGCCUCUGUGAGACCUCUACGCGGCUCGCAGACGUUCGCCGCCGGGCUCGCGCCGUCGAGGCGGUUCGCGCCGCGGCCGGCGGCGCAGACGAAUCCGAUGUUGAGGAAGAAGAUGUCGAGCAUGCCACGCGACAGAGUCUGCGGCGCUCUUUCCUCGCAAAGGCCAUGGGCCCUAUCGCCGACUACGCCGGCGACCACGAGCUCGUGCAUUUCGUCUUCGAUUUGUUCAUGUGGUCGGACGUGGGGGGCAAAAAGGGCGCCUUGCCCGGCACGCCGAUGUGGCAGGCGAUGAAAGGCGCCCCGUGGACGCCCCAGUUCUGGAAGGUGCGACACGCCGCCGCCCUGGAUAUGCAGGCCCAAUGCGGGUUUCCGGUUGCCUUCUUCACCUGGGCUCCGUUUGAGUGGUCCGCGCCAUAUCACCAGUGGGUUCUGCGCCAGAUGGAGCAGUUGGGGCGCCAUCGUCUCGGUUUGGCUGGACCCGAAGCCCUUCACCUGGCUCACCUGCUCACCGAGCUCUUUCGCGAGUGGGUUUGCGGCGGCGGACGGAAGUUUGGGGCUGCCACGUCCAACUGGCAGACCUCCCUUUUCGGUGGCCAUCGAAGUGACGGCAGCCGCGUGCGGGUGAACUUCGUCGGGCGACUGGAGUUCCAAGAUGGCAAACGCAAAGAAGCCACUCAAGAUUACCACGGGCGUGCGGCGGUGCACCUGCACGGUCUAGUCUUCGCCGAUGAGGUCGGGCCGUCGCAGCUGCACACCAAGAUCUGCGCCACGGUACCUCCGGAAGGCGACCCAUUGCGAGGCUACGUGCUAGAUGGGCAAGCCGGCCGCACGGGGAGCGGGCUGCCGAGACAGGAGGAGGCCAGCUACUGUGACGCCACGACGGACACCGUGCACCUGCGACACUCCUUCCUGGACAAGCGCCUGGGCAUCCGAGGCUACAGCCCCGAGUUCCUGGACGUGUUCAAGUGCCACCAGGAUGUGCAGAUUCAGCGAGGCACUGGGCUCAUGCUCAAGUACGCCGCGACCUACCUGCCCAAGUUCAGCGAUGGACCUGGGAAGGAGCUGAUGGACGACGGCAGCAGCGCGUACGCAGCAGCCAGGCGCGUGCUCUUCACUUUCCAUCCCGGUGAGCCGGAGAUGUGGCUGCUGCUGGCGAGCCAGGCUUUCCCCAUGUACUUCCUGGGCGGGACGAUGCGGCCUAUCAUUGCCCCUCACCCUGGCAUGCCGAAGAAACCGGACUACGUCCGUCAGUAUGAGGCUGCCGCCUGGCGCGGGCAGAUGACGUUGCUGGAGUUCCUUCGCAGGGUGAACGCGAAGGGGGCCAUUCUGGAGCACAUCCGCAAGUCCCACGCCGCUUCGGGCACGGAGUCCAUUCUGGAGGAAUACGCUCUUCGCUUCCAGACCUUCGGUGAGAAGGUCGUUGCCGCAGAAAUGGUCUCCAUGACCAACGACAAGUUCUACGGCCAGUGGCUUGCGCUCCACGUCCCUUUCCAGCAACUCGAGGACCUGCUCGUCCACGACAUCGUCGCCCGUGUUCCCGACGGCGUGAAGUUUCUAGCCUGUGCUCUACACCUAGCCCCGGAGGUCUGGCGGCAGCCCGCUGCCAUUCGAGCCUACAUGGAGGUUCGAGCACAUCGCGACACGUUCAUCGAAACGGUCCUCAGCAUGAUUUCAGCACAGGCAGCUUUCGUGGAACAGCACCUCGAUGGGCGACUGUCGCCGCCCGGUGCCGUGGCCAUUCCCAUGCGCCCGAGCUACGUGGGCGACGACUCCGAUGAGCUGCAGUUCACUGCAUCGCAAUCUUUGCUCGAGACCUACAUCGACCGCCGCGUCGACCAGGCGCUUCGCAUCCGUGCGACUGCGGACGACGUCGAGUACGAGCGCUUGGUGGGGCUUGCAGAGGAGCACGGGAGCAUGGUGGCCGCCACCGGCCCGCCGGGAACUGGCAAGACCGCUGUGCUGGACCGGUGCAUUCGGCGGGCUGAAUCCCUCGGCGCCCGCAUCCUGAUCGCUUUGCCCACGGGAGUUCAGAGAUCUCGGAUGAGGCAGCGACAUCCGAACGUGGACUUGGACACGUGUCACGGAGCUUUCCUUUUCCAUCGACCCCUGACGGAGGCUUUGGGCAUUGUGGCAGCCUACGAUCUGAUCGUCGUCGAUGAAGCCUUCCAACUCGUCGAAGAACACUUCGAGCGAUUGCAUCAGAUGUGGGUGGUGGCCGCCAGGGUGCCUUGUCUGGUUCUGGCAGGCGACGAGUGGCAGCUCCCGCCUCCAGAUCGCACGCAACGGAGCCUCGCCUGCCACCCGCGCUGGAGAUUCGUCUGCAAGGUGGAGCUGCACCACGUUUGGCGGCAGGACGGCGGCGACCCUCUCCUCAGCAAGCUGACGUACCUCCGCAAGAGCCGCCCGACCGGAAGAGAAGGCGACAGCCUGUUGCGCGAUCUCUGUCGCGGGCACAAGGCUUGGUCUGGCCACCACGAGCCGACUGGCGACGACAUCAAACGCCUCCUGGAGCGCACCGACGGCGGCGGCACCACCGUGAUCACCUGCACUCGGCGAGGGGCCGCUCUGGUGAAUCGACUGUUCCAGGCUGCUUUGUUCCCGCGGCCGACGGCGCCAGCGCUGGGUCGUGUCCCGGCGGACUAUGAGUGCAACCCCGUCAACUAUGAUGACACCGGAAAGCUGCUUGACCGACUGCCGCAGCCGCUGCACUUGACCCUGCACGAAGGUCUGCGAGUUCGACUCACGCGAAACGUCGACAAGCCCAAUGACUUCGUGAAUGGAAUGGCUGCUGUCGUACUCGGUUUCGACCCUCGCCGGCACGCCAUUGUGGUGGAAACAGAGAGCAAGCAUUGCCUGUGUGUAUACCCCAUCACGACCGACGACGUGCCUGGAGGGCGCUUGACUUACUAUCCGGUCAAGUUGGGGUACGCGGACACGGUGCACAAGUACCAGGGAGCUGAGCUCAGCCAUGUUACCUUUUGGCCGGACCGGCCUGGCUGCCCUGCUGCAGGUUACGUGGCCCUCUCACGAGUGAAGAGAGAUGCGGACUACCUUCUCGGCGGUUGCGUCAAGCCAGAACACUUCCUCCCGGCCCGCUGA